GACCCGCCAUGUCUGCACUAGGCUCUCCCCCUCCGCAGGCGGAUAUAAAGACCUACGUGCUAAGGUCAGCCACCCCUGCGUCGAACGAGAAAGUCCUGCUGUACCUGGAGGGCAUGCAGAAUGUACAGCCCGACAACGACGACAUAGACCGUUUUGAAGAAGCCCCUCCUUCCGAUGCUGGAUCCCGCGUCAGCUCGCAUAAACCUCGCUCACAGACGUCGCGCAAAUCCCGUUCUCAGGUGUCUCGAUCUCAAGUCUCCAGACGCAGCCGCGAUCCCGGCAUCGAAACCAUCGAGGAGAUCAGAUCCGACCUUCAGGAUCACGAGCAGAGCGAGAUGGCAAAGACCAUACCCAUUCAAUCUGAGGCUGCUGGCGCCAACCAAGAACACGGACAGUUUCUGGAGCCCCCGGACUAUCGUGUGAGGAAGAAGUUCGAGUCUUACCAGACGGAUCAGACUUGGGGGAACAGCGGUCCCAUACCAGGGACCGAGCCCCGUGUACGGGAGAAAUUCCAGUCGAAACAGACGAUACACACGUUUGGCUUCACGGCCUCCGAUCCGCCGUCUCUUCACCCUUCUGACGAGGAUCCUGUGUCUCCGCCAGGGCAGAGACCAGACGCUGGGCAGUGGUCCAGUCCCAUUACCGCUGCUGGUAUUGGGCUUCCUCCGUCCGUUGCUAGUCCAAUGUCAAGUAGACCCCAUAACCCCUUCCAGGAGUUUGGCAUGACAUCUGCAUUCGGUCCCGUUGACCCCUACGAGCCCGUGCACAUUCAGUCAAACGGGGCUAUAUCUCCGAAGGCGACGUCGCGUACCAUGUCCCCGGCGGCUCGAUCUGCCGCGACCACUCGCUACCCGCCAUUACCCGACUCUACCAUGUCUCCCGGACGAACUAUGUCUCCAAAUGUUGUCUACGACAUGGAUAGAAGACAUACGAAGACACCAAGUAUUGCUCCGAGCGAAAGCGCGUCACAAGUUCCGAAAGCGAGGAGAGAAAGGGAGAGGGAGCCUUCAGUCAAGCCUGCGAGAAGUGAAGUUGAACCACGAAGUGGCGGGUCCCGAGGGGAACGAAGUCGCGUCGAAGGAUCCAAUCUCGCGAGAUCACAAGCUGCUCCUGUGUCUCCUCCCGCGCGAUCCCAAGCUGCUCCUAUGUCUCCUCCCGUGCGAUCCCAAGCUGCUCCUAUGUCUCCUCCCUCACGAUCACAGGCUGCUCCCAUGUCUCCUCCCUCACGAUCACAGGCUGCUCCUAUGUCUCCUCGUUCCCAAGCUACCGCGCCACCCCCGAUGCAAAUGCCCAUAUCUCCGCGGAGCCAGGCAUCGCGUCCCCCAGCAGCACCGGUUCUUUCUCCCGCGCGCUCGAACCGCACCAUCCCGCCCUCUGCCAUCGCGGCUGCGAACGCGUACUACAGCGUGCAGAGCCCCGAACCCAUCCCCAUCCCUAUGCCUGCUCCUGUCAUUGAGCCGCCUUCGGAACCCACCCCAAUCCAGUCCCGCCCUGCUUCUCCCGCUCAUGACCUCACAAGCGAAGAGCAGAAGCUUGUGGACAACUUCUUCACUCACACAGGCACACUGCGCCCGGUUCCCACCGGUGGGACGAUGCCUGGUGAGAUGAGGACGAGCUACGCCCCGAGUGCAAUGGCACCGAGCACUCUUGGACCGGAGGUCGUGAACAGCCACUAUCAUGACGGCGAGCUGUGCCAGCUCUUGCAUGCGCUGGACCAGCCGAUGGCAGAGCCUGUGAAGAAGGCCGUCAGGAAGGCCGUCAGAGCUAGGGUUAAGAAGUUGGGAAUGAAGUACGACAACAAGUCGAUAGAACAGUAUAGGCGAUCGUACCACGACCACGACCCGUCUGUGCACCUUUCGCCAGCCCCUCCCUCUGUCCCUCCUCCGGCGGGUCCCGAUCCUCAAGUGCUCGCAGCACAGCUUGCAGCAGCGUCCUUCGAGGAGCCGCCCACCUGGGCGCAGAACCUUCUGGACAACGUGAUUCACCUCACCGCGAAAGUUGACCAGGUGGACACCAAGGUCGACCGUGUCGUAGAGAUGCGAGGCUCCCGCCGCGGCGGCUCGGUGGCCGACAGCCAGUACGACAGCCACCACCGGCGGGAGCGCGAGUAUGUGCCGAGCCAGAGCGAGUUGAACCAGACGAUGACGGUGAUGCAACCGCAGACGGUCAUGACCGAGGGGGACGACGACAUGUACACGGAGCCGAGGCACGAGCAGCCGCACCUCCACAUGCACCACCCAGGAGCGCACUUGCAUGACGAGGACGAUUACUACGACGAGGACGACGGCGCGCGCGGGACGACGCAGCUUGAGGGUGAGGUAGAGGCCGACAUGUCUCGUGGCGGCCUGCCGAGCGACUACAGCCCCGGGCAGCAGUACCUCGAGGAAGAGCUCUACAAGCUCCGCGUCAAGCCGCAUACAGGCGCCGCGAGUCAAAGCGGCGCGACGCACAAGACUUGGGAGGUUGCGCGCGACGACGGCGGAGACUUCCAUGACGAGGGCGACACCCAAGCUGCUGUCACCGAGUCGGGAUUGCCCGAGAUCCCUGACGCGCACACCGCUGGAGCAUACACAGAGCGCAGCCUCCCACCUCUGCCCAGCGGGGGGUCUACCUCCGGCGGCCCGCCGCAGGAUGAGCAGCUGUUGCACCCGCAGUGGCCGACGGCGUAUCAACCCGAGCAACAGGGGCCGCCGCCGUGGCAGCGGAUCCACCAGCGGCUGCUGAGCUGGGCGAUCGUGUGGCCGAUGAGCGAGCUCGAGCACGCGCUGAACAGCACGACGCGCGGGCGCCAGGUAGACGAGAUCGCGCUGAGCAUCUGGUCGACGCAGAGCUACAAGCGCUACGUGCGCACGAAGAUGACCGAGAGCCCGCCCGAGCGCGUCGACCGCCUGUUCGUGCCGCCGAACAUGGCCGAGGCGAUCAGCACCGCGGUGUACAACGGCAGGCACGGCGACGCGUGCGGGAUGCUCAGGGACUUGUGGGCGCCCUUUGGGCUCGAGGGCAUGCCGAGGCUGUUGGUCGUGCUUGCGAAGCAUAGGAACGACGACAACCAUUGGGUCGUACACCGCUUCUCUCUCCCUGAUGGAUCCUUGACCACUUACGACACCUACCCUGACAAGUCCCUGCCCGACGGCCGGCCUCUGGGCUGGUGGUUCGCCAUCCGCCUCGCCUGGCCCGACACUGUCUACCCGAACCCCGAGCGGCUCAUCCAGAAAAUGGUGCGGCUGCACCGUCCGAUGCAGCUCGCGAUCGACAACUCCGUCGCCGCCGCCGGCAUCUGGCGGAACCUCUUGAUGGGCUCGCGGGCCGAGCGCAGCCUUGACCUGGAGCGGCUCCGGGACUUGAUCAACCAGGAGGUGAAGAACCUGCGCCAGAGGAAGGUCCUCGGGAAGCUGUCCGUGAGCAGUCCGAGGCCGAACUGGGAGGACAUGCAUUGAGACCUUGACCUUUCUUCUUUACGAACGAGACGAAUUCACGACGAAUCUUUUGGGAUGUAUUCACGGGUAGAGUUCGGUAGGAUGUUUGUAUUUGCUCUUUUGCUUUCGAAGUGGACAGUGACAUUCCGUCUCAUGCUGUUGCUGAUGACGAAGAUGCUGAGAUUAUUUCUGUUUGUAAUUUCCACGUAGUCGUACGCUACAUUGCUGUAGUAGUCAGGAGACCUUUUUCGCUUUCAAUGUACCAGGACGCUUUCAAU